AAUUCUCCAACAGUUUACACAAUUAAUCUAACAGUAUGCCAUUACGAUUGUGACGUGUUAUAUAUAAUAUAUACGUAUAUAUACAUUUUUUCUUUUAAGAAAAUAUUUAGUGCGAGGCAGGAAUUGUGUGCGCAAAAAAGUGGAAAAGACGGCGAAGAAAAAUAUCACAGUAAGAAAGAAUGAUGCAGGAUGAAGACUUGGGAGGUUCAGGAAGAAAAAAUGUUUUUAGCCAAGGAGUGAUAAGAAUAUCACAGAUAUAUCAAAGAUAUUUAGAUCUAUGGACUCCCCAUGUAAUAUCGCGAUGGAUAUUUGCUUUAGUUUUAUUAGUAAUUUUUAUUCUUCGUAUAUUUAUCUCUCAGGGGUGGUAUAUCGUCACGUAUGCCCUAGGAAUUUAUCACCUCAAUUUAUUCAUAGCAUUCCUUACUCCAAAAAUUGAUCCUGCCAUGGAUUUUGAUGAUGGAGAAGGUCCAGAAUUACCUACGAGAUCAAAUGAGGAGUUCAGGCCAUUUAUUAGAAGAUUACCUGAAUUUAAAUUUUGGUAUUCAGUAACAAAAUCUACGAUUGUCGCCAUGAUAUGCACCCUAUUCGAUUGCUUUAACAUACCAGUAUUCUGGCCAAUACUUGUUAUGUAUUUCAUAACACUAUUUUGUAUUACAAUGAAGAGGCAAAUAAAGCAUAUGAUCAAGUACAGGUAUCUACCUUUCACUCAUGGUAAACCAAAAUAUCAAAAUCACGAAGACACCUCGCGAUUGAUGUCGUCAAAAUAAACAGUAAAGAGUACAUUGUGCCUGUACAAGAUGGAAGGGGAAAAUGAGUGUAGAUUUUAAUUUUUCCCAGUACAGGAUGAGGAAUACUAGCAAGAAAAGGAGAAACUGAUUUUUUUUAAUUGCCAUUAAAGAGAAAGAGUAUUGCCUUGUACAAGAAAGGAUUGAGUCUUCGUAAGGACUUGUAACUCUAAAUUAUAUAAAAUGUACGGUAUAUAACUGAAUUAUCUUAAUAUAUUUGUAUCAUAAAACUUGUACAAAAUAUUGUUAGCUCUUAUCUCAUUAAAAGAAAUGAGGAAAAAAUAUGGUCACAUCGUUUCGAAUGUAGUUGUCAGUGUAAUAGACAAAUGUUCAUAUACACGUAAAGAUUUGUUAAUA